UCGGUGCCUCCGGACGGCGAAGAUGCAACUGUGCCGGCGAACGACUGUACCGCCUCGUAUCUAGGCCCCCACCCUCUCAUCCCCGGCCCCCUCGGUACCCCCACCAGACAUUCCACACUCCAGCCUCAACACACAGUUGACGUCCCCGUCCCGUGCGAUCGUAACGACAUCGCCGCGAGCCCCGAAGACCUCUUCUUCCCGAAGGAAACGCGCGCGCCAAGUCUUGGUCCCGGAAAUGUGAAAACGGCAGUGAUGACGGCCCGGCGGUCCGAGUACCGCAGAUCGUGUUGGUAGAUUUACUGGUUUGCGUUUUGAAGAUAAUUAGAAAGUGGUUCGGGUUCUCGUGUGGUGAGGUGCUGUGUCUGCAGUUGUGGUUCCGGACGGACACGUCGUUUCUUACCGAGCCCUUCGAACCUUGGCGGUCAUUACAAAGUUCAAGACGAGAACGUGGCAUGAGGAAGUCCCUCGACAGUCUCGCACUUUCAGCGAUUAUGGGACGGCUUGGGAGGAACUCGCAAGCAGCCACGACUACCAGGCCCAUAUUUAGGGUCCAUUAUCAAAAGCUCGUCGAUGAGUUUGCCCAGCCGCAAGAUCAACUCGAGUUUAUGCCCGCUUUGCCCGACUACAUGUCAUACUGCUGCCGUCAGUGUGGGCACACUCAGAAGCUUAGAGCCGAGGAACUGAAUACUAUUGUCGGAAAUGCAUUUCGUAUGGCGUACGCGGCACAACUACAGAGGCAACCGAUCCUCCAGGAGGUGAUCUCGCCCCAACCGACUCCUGCCCGUCGCAAGGAUCGACCGGAACGAACGAUAAACUUGAGCAAACAGUCGACGCGAGGCGGCGACUCGAACGAUAAAAGCACAAUUUUCUGGCCCCAGAGUGUAUUGGCACCGACGCCACGAGGCGGUGGUGCACCACCCUCGACAGCGGAGAUGAACGUCCAGCUCGGUAGCGCCGGCUCUCCAACCUUGCGCUUAUCUACUGUCAAGACCCCGAAUUCGAUCCCCGGACUGAGGCCGUCGCACAACUUCAACAACGUCCUGGGACCCAUAACGAACGAGGAUGGGCCGAAGAGUAUCUCCCAGCAGAGCACGCCGAGCAGCGACGAGAGCAACUCGCCAACGGAGCUCAACUCCUACAAGAGAUUGACGGACAAACCGCCCCUGAUAAAACGGCUGACGAUGGGCCUCGCCGGGGGACGCGAUGUCCUGGGUACCAACGGCGAGGACGACAGCUGCCCCCUAGUAAGUGCCGGCAGCACGCCCACCAGUCCCAGCAACAGACCCCGCUCCGGAGGAUACGUCAACGAGGCGAUCAUAGACUCGGAGGGAACGCGGACGAGCUACAACAAGAUCACCUGCGCCGCCGAGAACCUCGAUAACACGAUCAAUUCGUCGAUAACUGCGAAAAACUUCAACGCCGAGAACAACAGGAUAAGUCACAACUCGCCGAAUUCUGUGUCCGAAACGGACUUCAAGUCGAAACGGAGAUCGCAGAUCAGCACCUCCGGGAGCUCCGUCCCACCCGAUGGAAGCACCCACGGAUCGACGCCCACCCAGACGCCGACCCCGACGCCUCCGCCGCUGCCCGAACGGACGGAUAGCUUGAACAAUCGUACCGAGGAGAGCGAGCUCAGGAAGGCACCAUGGUUUCAAGCCGGCAUUCCAAGAGAAAUAACGCUGGAAGUCCUCAGCCAAGAACCGGAAGGCGCUUUUAUGGUACGCGAAAGCACGAGCAAACCGGGAUGUUAUGCAUUGUCCCUGAGAGUACCUCGAGAGUUUCAACCGAGCGGUAUCGCUCAUUACCUAAUCAUGCGAACGAACAAAGGCUACAAAAUCAAGGGCUUCACAAAGGAAUUCACGACGCUAACGGCGUUGAUAACGCAUCAUUCGGUGAUGCCUGAACUUCUGCCUUGCCCUUUGUCCCUGAGCCGAUACAAUCCGAGCUUCGUAAAGAGCGAUUCGAACAAGGAUUUUGCGGACAUUGAUUCUGAUCCGGAUUACAACACUUUGGCAGACUUCCGGAAGAUGAUGGCAGACUUGAACGUCUAAUUCGAAAGACGCGAGGCUGUGACGAUUCUCUUGAUCCGAAUUCCAGAUGUAUGGCAGAUUUGCGAUCCUUUACUAGGAAAAAGUAAAGGCGAAAUUUUCACGCGUCGUAAAUUAAUUGGUCUCGGAGUUCGCCGAUCAAUAAGUGGAACGAAAAGACGUUGGAAAAUAAAAACCCAGUGAUGAUGUGAGAGUUCGUUGAUACACGCGUCAACGACUCUUGUUAUAUCCACAAAUACUCUGAAUUCAAAUUGAUCACAGUCAUGGAAGUUGGCCCUUGUGCUAAGCGGAGUGUUUGAAAUCCGAACUCGAUAUUCGAUAAAAUUUCUAAACUACGAAAUAUUUGAUAACCGUACUUGCAGACCCGAUGUUUAAUUAUGCAGAUCAACCGAAUUUUGUAAAGAUAAAUGAGAAUGAUGUUGCAAGUUAUUGUCUUGCUAAAGAAUAAUCACUACUUGAAAUUUUUCAUCCCUGAUAAAGAUUCUAUCGAUUCUAUCUCGAAAUUGAUUUUAAAUUAAUCUCAAGAUACGGCUCGCUUGUUAAAUUUUCGCCAUUUGCAAAUUCGGCUACUUUUAUAGAAACGAUAGAACAUUUGAGAGAGAGAGUUGCAAAUUUAUACGAUUUAUACCAAGUCACUUUAUUAAUUACACUGCAAACACCUCCUCCGCCUCCUCAACCUACUCCUCCUUGGUAGCAUGUUGUCAAGUUGAUGUAAAUGUGUUUAUAUGUAUAUAUAAAAUAUGAAUAAUUAUUGUUAAACUAAUGCCAAGAUUCAUAUUUAAUAAUAAUAAUAACAACAACAAGAACAACAACAACAAUAAUAAUAAUAAUAGUGGUAGUAAUAAUGAUGAUGAAUGAUAAUAUCAAAUCAUCACACGAAGAUGGAGAAAGAGGAAGAUUGAAAAAAUUAUUAAUCGCGCAGCCGCGAGAGCAACCUAGUCUUGUAUAGAAAGAAAAUGGGGGCAGACACUAAAAAUAAGUUUGAAAUAUAUAUGAAUAUAAGAUGAAAACGAAAAGUAAAUACCGCUUUAAUCGCGUAGAUAAAUAAAACGGAGCUACUAUAAUAUAUAUUAUUAUAUAUACAUAUAUGAAGAUGUAUAAUGCCUGCUUUCGAACAGUCGGGUUUAUAAGGCGGAUUCGCUUUCCAUCCUAAAACCCCGUCGAUUGUAUUUUACGUGUUGAAACGUCAUUCAAUCCAGUUCUGCGGCAGUUUAUUAUUAAUUCACGUGCACUCGACUAUAAGAAGAAUAGAUACGAUAGUUGAUACAAAUUUUAGUAAACACACGCCGUAGAAGUGCUAAAAUAAACGUUAAAAAAUGAGAGGCAAAAUAAACUGCUGUGAGAUGAAAGCUGAACGAACAAAGUUAACCAUUGCUUGGGGUUCGUCAUACUGUAAGGAUAAUAA